AUGCAUGUGUGGUGGGGAAACUGCAUCAGGAAAGCGGGGUUGGGGGGCGGGAGGCGGGAUGGAAACCGUGAGGGGGUUGGGGUGGAUCGUGCAGGAAGGGAUGGGCGCAGAAGCCACCAGCACCCUCGAAGGGGGAUGGGGGGCGGUGUGGUGGGGAAACUGCAGGGAUGCAUGGCAGUCGGGGGUGGGGGGUGCGAUGGUGGGGGUGGUGCACAGAGGUGCCGCAGCACCCGUGGAGGGGGGCGGGGGACCAUGGAGAAGCCGUUGGCUACAUCAGGGAAGGGUAGUGCACAAAGGAGCCGCGGCGGGGGGUGCAGCACACAGAGGAGCCCUAGUGCUGGAGGGUGGGGGGAGGUGCGCAAAGGAGCCGUGGCACCCGUGGUGGGGGAAGGGGGCAGGUCGUGGAGAAAGGAGAGGGGCGGUGUCGUAGAGGAGCUGCAGCACUAG